UAUGUUCUCUUCUCCUGCCUCAGCCGACGCGGCGUUGUUGAAGAAGAAGACGAACCUUCUGCUCUGAAUCUUCUUCUUCUCUUCUUCACCGACGGCGACGGGUACGACGACGGCGAAAGCGGAGCUUCGGCUUUUGUUUGGAGGCAACUGCCGGAGAAUUUGCUGACAUAUCUUUGGCUGAGAUAAGUUUGAAUCUUACGAGAGCUGAGCGAGCUCAGUUGGAGCUCAAGCCAAGUACAAGCACUGUUUUGGCGCCAGUUAGGAAACAUCACCAGCUGUUUUCCGAGACAAUGGGAGCGGAAGAUGCAUACCAACCUGCAAAUUUCUAUGGACCAGACACUGUUAAUUUCUCGGAUACAGAGUUGACAUAUCAUAUUAGAACUGCCCUUGAAGCUGUCUCAAAGGGUGAUACUGAAAGUUAUGAGCAGCUUGUUGGAGUUAUGCACUACAAUGGACGACUUGCCCCCGAUGAGGUGGCAUAUCUCGAGACGUGUUUGAAGGGUCUAUCGGGUGCUGUUACUUGCAUAGAUAUGAUUCACCAUCGAUCUCUUCUUUCUUCUAUUUUUGGAAUGAGCUUGUGGAAUUACAGAACUACUGUCAUGGAUGCGUUGGUUGACUUAGUCGUAUCACUGGCUGCUACUAACGGAAAGUAUAUCGACCCUUGUUUGAACAUGCUCGUCAACAACUUCAGGCCGCCUCAGUAUCUCUUAAAUAAACUUUCGAAUACUCGAGUACUCAACCAGAAGCAAGAAGUUCUUUCUCGGGUCCAUGCAGCUCUUGAGGCAAUUUAUGAUUUGGUUCCUCUUGUUCCCUCAAGAUUGAUACCGAUACUUGCCCAGAGAAUGCCCACUGUGCACAACAAGGACCAUUUGAUAGUAGUUUAUGUUGAGAACUUGUUAAAGUUGGAGAGUAGCUCGAUUGGAAAGGUGGUUGGAAGCAUGAUUCUUAUGGUGGUGAUGGAGAGGCUGCGAGAUUUGGAUGUCGAGAUUGGAUGGGAUAAUAUUCUGCAAGAUGAAUCUAGUAGAGGCAUUUUCGAUAUGGAACUCGAAGAUGCAGAUGAUGUUGAAGACACUGUAAAUUAUGAAGACGAGUUUCCGAGAGAAUUUCUAGAUAAGAAGAAUAUUCGUGGUAACAUAGUGUCGGAAUUGUUAGACAAGCUAAUGGUCAUAACUUUCGAGCAUCUCGAAUCUUGUCAAAACACGGGUCGUUUGGAUGAGGUGUUUGAAUCUCUGUUUGAAUCAUUUGAGAACUUCAUCCUGAACACGUAUAAAUCGAAGUUUGCCCAGUUUGUAAUGUUCUACGCCUGCUCACUAGAUCCCGAAAAUUGCGGCGAGAAAUUUGCGUGUAAGUUGGCAGAUAUUUUCCUCUCAAGCAGUAAGCCUCCGCUAACUAGGAUGAGUGCAGUGGCUUAUCUCGCUAGCUAUCUGUCUCGUGGAAAGUUUUUGUCGCCUUCUUUCGUAGCUAGCAUGUUGAAAAGGUUGGUGGAAGCGUGUGCGGAAUACUGCAGAACAUGCAACAGCGAUGAUAUUAGGCCGGAAACACAUCGGGUUUUCUACUGUGGAUGUCAGGCAAUAAUGUAUGUGAUGUGCUUCCGGAUGAGAUCCAUUUCCGAUGUUCCUCGCCUCCAUUCACAGCUCGCCCCGUUAGAAUCGGUUUUAAAGCAUAAGCUAAACCCGUUAAUGGUAUGCUUGCCAUCUGUGGUUGGGGAGUUUCUUAGACAAGCUAAAUCAGCUGGUCUGUUCACCAUCUCGGAAACCUUCGUGUUCGAUGACAUGCUCGAAUCCGAACUUUCCCGUGCUUUCGGUGGGCUCGAGAGGCUCGAUAUGUUCUUCCCGUUUGAUCCGUGCUUGCUCAAGAUUUCCGAAAGUUUCAUCCGACCGAACUUUGUGUACUGGUCGAUGGUCGGAACGACAUAUGACGAGGAGGACGAGGACGAGGACGAUGAUGGGGCGGAGGUCAUUGUGAAAGGGGAAGAUGACGUGGAAGAAGAAGAGGAAGAAGAAGAAGAAGAGAUAGAGUACAGCAUGAACAAGAUGUCGAUAACUCCAAAGCAUUCGUUCAAGAACAAGAUGGAGAAAGAUAGACUCUUGAGAAUGCCUUCCAUUCUCAGACCCUCCAUUUCUCCUCCUCUUUAAUCACACUACUCACAAAGUGUCUUUUUCUUUUCCUUUUAGGCAAAAAAAAAAAAAGUUUUGAUGUCUUGUGUGGGUUUUUUUUCCUGUCAUUGCUACAAGACAGUCGCAUGUAAGAAUGUAAUCUUCUUCUCUAACUCAUUAUCCACCAUUUCUGUUGCAUCACUUGCAUGAAAUAUAUCAGUUAGUUUUGGCCAA